UGUUGCUGGAAUGUAAAUUCGUUUUGAACUUACUUGGACAACCUGAGAAACUGGACACGGGAUCGGACACAAAGUAACUUCACCGUCCCUUGGACCAGCAGAUGGAUUGUGGUAUGCGUCAGCUGCGUAACCAUGCUCAGGCGAAACGCGGUUUUAAUGUGAAAUUGCAAAAUGUGACAUUUCGCGUGAUCAAAGCCGGUAGGUACAGUUGUAUGCUGCCUCGUGGACGUUGUUUUGAGCAGACCGAUUAUUUUGCACAUCGUCUCUAACACAGGACUCAGGAGCGUCUAUGUUGUUUCAACGAGUCCAUGGAAGUCCCACCUGUGUUUUACCCGUAGAAUAAGGAGUCUGGACGAUCAGCCGCAGUGGGGUCUAGACUGGGCAUAGAGCUGGACUUGAAGAUUGACCCUUGAUUUCGAUGACACUGGUUUCGAACACUAAAACGUCAACUAUGAUCCUUAGUGCCUGCGCAGUAGUGCUGCCACUUCGUGUCUUAUUAACUGUGUUAUUACUUCAGGGUACCCCUUGCGGUUUUCUGAAAGGUGCCCUGUCCAUGACAGUGCUAUUACCUUUGCAGAGCCGGUUAGAACUUUUCAAUGACACUGAAGCGCCACAGCCUUUACAUGUGGAAACAACAGACAUUUCCCCUAGUAUAUUUACAGAGUCAAAAGAGGAGACCUCUCGACAACAAAAUACAAGUUCAACAACGAGCCAGUCAUUACAUACAGACAAUGAUGAGCAUCACCAUGGAAGAAAAGCCAAGCCGCUGGAAAGGACGAAACCCUUUGCCAUUGUGAAUGGACACAGGAAGAGUCUAACAGAGGCUUUGCAGAAUGGCCACCCAGAGAAGCUCCAGUGUGGCCUUAAGGUUGGAAGCAGGGUCUACCUGCUGGACCUGGAGAAAAAUCAAGAUCUCCUGCCCAAACCACCAAAUGUAUUCUACUACCUCCCAAAUGGAACAGGGGUUGCCAUGGACCAGAGCCCUGUGAUUCACUGUUACUACCACGGUUCUGUGAGAGGAUUUCCUCAGUCGCGAGUGGCUCUGAGCACCUGUGCUGGACUCAGGGGGGUGAUUGUCAUCAACUCCACCCUGAGCUUUGAGCUGCAGCCAGAGGAGGACGACGAGUGGGAUGAAAGCGGCGAGCAGAGCGGAGGCUUCGAGGAGGAGGGGAUGCACCUGCUGUACCCCACCCACCAGCGGAUCCCCUCUCCAGGGGGAUGCGGGGUCUCCCACACCCCUGUACCCCCCCUCUACGCCCCACCACAAGUGCACCGGCACAAGAGGGACAUCCUGUCUGAGACCAAGUACAUUGAGCUGGUGCUGGUGGCAGACCAUAAAGAGUUCUUGAACUACCAGAGGAGUAAUAAGACGAUGGUCUAUAGAAUGCUGGAUGUGGCCAACCAGGUGGAUUGGUUCUACAGACCCUUGAAUGUGCGUGUAGCUCUCCUUGGUCUGGAGAUCUGGAGCGACCAGGAUAAGAUCCAGGUGGACAAGAGCCCCACAGACACCCUCAACCGCUUUCUGGAGUGGAGGACACGAGAGCUGCUUCCAAGAUUGCGCCAUGACAACGCCCAGCUUAUCAUGGGGGAUUCAUUUGACGGAACAACAGUGGGAAUGGCGUCCCAGUCGUCCAUGUGCUCCAAGGACAGAUCUGGAGGGGUCAAUGUGGACCACCUGGUCAGUGUGCUGGGCGUGGCCUCCACGGUGGCCCAUGAGCUGGGCCACAACCUGGGCAUGACCCACGACACGGCAGAGCGCCGCUGCCAGUGCCAGAACGAGCGCCGCAUGGGCGGCUGCAUCAUGGAGCCCUCCACGGGCCUAAUGCCAGGUCAGCUGUUCAGCAGCUGCAGUGCCAGAGACCUGUCCCUCAGUCUGCUCCACGGCGGCGGGAUGUGCCUCUUCAACGUGCCCCAGCCCGAGGAGCUCCUGGGCGGCCCGCGCUGUGGCAACCUGUACGUGGAGAAAGGCGAGGAGUGCGACUGUGGCCUUCUGGAUGAGUGUAAUGACCCUUGCUGCAAUGCCAGCACGUGUAAGCUGAUGCCCGGUGCCCAGUGCUCUUCUGAUGGGAUCUGCUGUGAGAACUGCAAGCUUCGCGUGGCGGGCUCGGUGUGUCGAGAUCCGCUGGGCGAGUGCGACCUCCCAGAGUACUGCACCGGCACCACGCCCUUCUGCCCCCCCAACGUCUUCCUGCAGAACGGGGAGCCGUGCGAGGGCGGCGCCUCCUACUGCUACAGCGGCGUCUGCGCCAGCCUCAACGCCCAGUGCCAGAUGCUGUGGGGUCCCAAUGCCACCCGAGCUCCACCUGUGUGCUUCUCCUCAGUCAACAAACAGGGCAGCAAAUACGGCAACUGCGGUCAGAUGGCCAACGGCUCCUACAUCCCAUGCCCCAGCGCAGACGUGCUUUGUGGAAGAAUUCAGUGUCAGGGUGGGAAUGAUCGCCCCCUGCUGGGCUCCAAUGCAGAGAUCCUCACCACCAAAGUGCGCCUGAACCACAGUGACUUCACCUGCCGUGGCACAUUCUUUGACCUCGGAGACGAUGUCUCUGAUCCUGCAAUGGUAACCCAGGGGACCUCCUGUGGCCAAGGCAAGGCGUGCAUAGACCAGCGUUGCCGUGAUGUGUCUGUGUUCAGGGUGGAGGAGUGCAAGAGGAACUGCAGUGGUCAUGGGGUUUGCAACAGCAAUAAUAACUGCCACUGCGAGCCAGGCUGGGCCCCUCCCGACUGUAAAUACUCAGGCUCAGGUGGCAGUGUGGACAGCGGACCUGCCAGACAGCCCAAAGACUCGGACCCGGCGCGCGUGGCCUUGCUGGUGUUCUUCCUGUUGGUGCUGCCAGCCUCGGUGGUGCUGUGGUGUGCCGCCCUGCGUAUCCCGCGCUUCCGCCGCAAGCUGGCGUGCCUCGGCAUCAGCCCGCUACAGAAGGGAGAGCCCCAACACCAGAGCCGGUCACAGGCAAAUGAGCACAAUGAAGUUCAUAAGGGAGAAGAGGUCCAGCCUCUGAGGAAGUGCAAGCAGCAGAACGACAUCCCUCUGACCACCACCAGCAAGGUACAAGACAGGCCUGCUCCCCCUAAUAAGCCACUUCCCCCUGACCCGCUUUUAAAGACUAACCAGUCGGCGGGGAAAAGACCUGCCCCUCCCUCCAAACCUCUUCCCCCAGAUCCCCCUCCCUCUGAGGGCAAGACUCAGACUCAGCGCAAGCGUCCGGCGCCUCCGAGCAAGCCUCUCCCCCCCGACCCCCUCCACACGAAUAGCCAGAAUCAAGGCCCCCCCAAGCCUCCUGUGCCCAAGAAGCCUUUGCCAUUGGCUCCCUUGAACUCCGCCGACCCCCCCGGACUCGCCGCAGUUGCCCCCAGGCAUCGCACGGCUUUGCCGACCAGAGGGGUGCUGCCUACACGAGGACCUCCUGCUGGUGUAGUCCCGUCGAGGCAUCCACCUCUUCCCCCAAUAAGAGCACCCCAGCCUCCUCCAAAACCCCACAUGCCUCCUCCCGUUUAGCCCAGGAACUGGGAGCCUCGUCUGGACUCUCCCUGCAUGAGAGUGGACAUACAGUAGCUCUCGCUGCACUGAUUCUGUGGGAGAUCUGCGGAGCAAAAUGCCUUAAGACUGACUGCGCUGAAACCAAAUGCUGCACUUUCAUUUCCUCCCUGUUUUGCGAUAGCUUCCUCUUGCGACUCGGCCUGGCCCCAUCGCUCUCACUUGGCCAGUAUUAAACAGCGCAACUGCUACAGGAGGAGCCUGUCUGCUACAGCCCAAACACAACGAGGUUUUGAAGUGGACCCACAGUGAAAGCCUGGAUGGUUUUUUUUUUUUUUUUUUUUUUUAAGGGAUUCACAGACAUCCAAAAACUCAAACCGCCUUCAGCAUGACAGUUAGUUUGUGAAGACCAAUUCAGAUUUUGUUUUUUUUCUGUUUGUGUCUGAUCGAGGCGUGGGCGUGAAAGUAUGAGAGACUUUAAAAAAAAAUGUUUGAAAAAACAUACAAGCUGCUCCAACAUUAUGUGACUUAUUAGCAAUGCCCCGUUUUUUAGGGUAAGCUCAGGUCAUUGUCAUGUCUAUCUCUGACUGGUGGUCAUGUGACGUUUCAAUAGUACCAUCACAUCACUCUGACAGUCGAUGUUACAGUAUGUGAUGUUAGGCUUUAGAUUUUCACACAUGUGCUUUAGUGGUCUAGUCUAUGCAAGUAGACCUUUUAUUGCUCAAUGCACUGGGGCAUUGAAUUCACCAUAAGCAAUUUUCACAAAGACAUUAAUGCAUAAAAGGUGUUAUGACUGGCCUUGCAUCAGGAACCAGGCACUGGAAUAUCUGCUCUGAAUUGAAUGUUACCAUGGAAAUCUGAGACAUUCUGACAAAGUCGAACAUGUCAUUGGCUGUGUGUCAGUGGCAGCCUUGGAGGGAUUUGUCCAUGGAUUUGUGUUUAUGAAGAUCAUCAGCAUUUCACUGCACAAUUAUGCAAACGUUUGCCUUCUGUCUUCAUGUUCUAUUCAUUUUGCCUGAUGUUACAUUACAAACAAGAUGGUGACUAAGUUCGGGAGACAUUUUAAUUGGUGCAUUUAUGCAUUUUUCUCAGAAUGUGUAAAAUGUUUGCCCAUCAUAAUGCAUCCAUUUAACAUUCUUGUAAUCUAUCUGUGAUUGAUUUUUUCAAUUGUGAGAUUGAAGUAUUUUGAAAAACGUAGGCAAAUUUUAUUCCUGUUUUGUUUUGGCAUAAUCACACAAACUGUCUUUUACAUGUCACAGCUAAAUACAGGAUGUACUGUAAUACCCAUUUCAGAAAGAAGUAUCAAUAACUCUGUUAUGAAGGACAGAAAAAGUAUUAGACCUCGGCCUUUGGACCUCAACCUUAUUUUCUCCUCGAUCUCCAUCCUUUUUAAUCCAAGGUGCACACAGCAUUUGUCAAACAUGGUUGUGGUUCUGUGCAGGUGUUUGACAUUCUUGUUUUGGAAGGAUGCAUCACUAAGUCCUUUCAAAACACUUCAUGAGGUUUCAUCUCAUCAGAUUUCUCUUUGUCAUUUUCCUUCAUUCUCAUGUUGAGAUUACUGUAAGGAAAUAAAGUCAUGGUGUGGUAA